UAUACGUCGAACUUCAGCGAGCUUUGACAUUUUGCAUUCUUCACGAUUGGCAUUAUGAAUCGGCUGGUUAUGUUCGGUUAUAACGAAUAUUCUCGUAAUAAAUCACACUUCAGCAAGAAUGGUGCGUCGAUCUGUCCUCGUUUACAACCUGCUUCGUACCGCGCAGCUACCCGAUGGCUUUUCCAAGAAGGAGAUACUGACGCACAUCAGCGACAAAUAUAACAUCGCGGUCGGUAAGACUCUUCGGAGAGACGUCGCCGUCGCUCUGCGCCGCGGUCUAGACUUCGGUAUACUCGCUAAGAAGAGAAACAAAUUCAGAUUUGAUCCUGACUUUCAUCAAACUACAAACUCGAGACGCAAUAUCGCCGGAAGGAAUACGAGGACAAAGAAGAGGAAGAGGAGCAGCAAGAAAAAGGCAACCGACAGAUCGAAUGCAGCUAAAGGACGACGACGGCAACGAAGACGAUCUCCGAAUCGCGAUAGAGGUAGAGAUCGCAAACAAUCGAGCUCGAUACCACGACCUAAAUUGCCUAGACCGCCUUCGUGGUCACCGAAAAGACGACUCCUCAUCGAGGAGCCUAUACCGAAGGUCAAACGUUCCUAAAUCAGAGCACAAUUUCUUCAUUUAUCCUUAUCAAAUUACUCAAUAUUCGUUCAAGUAAAUACGAAUCCGGCAAUCGUAAAAUAAAACAUAAAAAAAAACAUAUUGAUAUAAUCGCAUUAAAUACGUGGUUAUACAUCUCAUAAUAUAACAUUUUAUAUACUAUUUUUUAUUGAUAACGUUAUGUAUUUGUGAGAAAAACGAUUUGUUUUGCUAUAAAUGUAUUCUCUAUCUAUAUUUUUUGAUAAGCCUUUACUGAAAAAAAAAUUGUCAUUAUAUUACUUUUA